GCAUUCCUCGAAACAGAAAAAUAUUGGACUCAACAGUUAUGGACAUAGACCGUUCUAGAAUUAUGAAAGGAAAUGGGUACUUCUACAAUAAUACUCGUAGAAUUAGUCCCUCAAAAAAAUCUCGUAGAAUUAGGAAAUGGCUUAACCGUUCUCAGAAAAAAGAAGAGAGGAAAUGGCUUCUGGUUGAGCCGAACCAAGUCACCAGUUCGGUCUCCUGUUCCGUCUUCCCAACCCAGGCACCCGGCUCGUCUGGAAACAUGGAGCUGCCACGCCUCCGCCGCUCGCCGCCGGCGCUUCCAGACCACCUCCUCGAGGAAAUCUUCUCCCGCCUCCCUCCCAGCGAACCCUCAUGCCUCCUCCGCGCCUGCCUCGUCUGCAAGCACUGGCGCGACAUCAUCUCCGCCCCCAGCUUCCUCCGCCACCUCCACGCGCACCGCCGGGCACCGAAGAUGCUAGGGUUCCUCCAGCACUCGGAAGGUGAUGAGAAUCUCCCCGUAUACGUGCCCACCUCCCCCUUCUCCUUCCCCGUCCCCGACCCCCGCGCCUGGCACGUCCUCGGCUACCGGCACGGCCGCGCCGUAUUCGUCUCCGAUACUACCGACCGGGAGCUCCUCGUCUGGGAGCCGUUCACGGGCAACCGGUGGAACGUGCCGGUACCCGCGGAACUCAAGAUCGGGCACUCCAACGCCACCGUGCUCUGUACGGCGGAGGGGUGCGACCAUCUCAACUGCCACGGGGGGCCCUUCCGCGUUGUCUUGGUGUUCACCAGCCCCUUCGAGGAGGAAACGGAGUGGCUCACGUCGGCGGCCGUAUACUCGUCGGAGACCGGCGCCUGGGGUGAGGUGGCCUUGGCCUUGCCCUGGCGCGAUGGCUUUUCCUUGCUCUGUGAGAAUCCUGGCCUGCUCGUGGGGAAUUCUCUGCUGUACUUCCUGUACCUUGAUGGGCACAUCCUCGAGUACAACUUGGCUGAGCAUGUCCUCAAUGUGAUCAACCCACCGGAACCGGACAAUGAUGCUGCAUUCUCGCAGAGAGUUAUGCUGGUUCAGGCGGAGGAUGGUGGGCUGGGAAUUGCUAAAGCUGAUGACGGUGGGUGGAAUCAUCUCUACCUCUGGUCAAGGAAGGUCAGUGAAGGAGGUGAUGCAGAAUGGGUGGAGUGCCCGUUCAUGUACCUCGGCGAUUCGCUUCCAUUUGCUGCUAGGUCGUCGUCCUCAAGAAUAACAGUGUUUCUGAUGGGCUUUGUCGAGGGAGCAAAUACCAUUUUGGUGAGCACGGUUGAUGGCUUCUUUUCAAUCGAGCUCCAGUCCAAGCGGGGGAGGAAGAUGUGCAAGGACCGAUGCAGGGCCUACCCUUUGGUUCCAGUUGUCAGCUCCUACUCUAUACUCCGGGUACCUCAAGUUGAGCACGACAGCCUGGGCUCUCCGGACUUCAAUGGUGAGUCAGAUGAUGAGGAGUGGGAGUGGGAAGCACUAAGGCAGGCAGAGUCGCUGUUUUACAGUGGGUCCAUGGCCAUCAAGGAGGGGGACUUUGUUGCCGCUGUUGAUUGCCUCAGCCGCGUCCUGGCGAUCAGGGUUGCACAUUAUGGUGAACUUGCUCCGGAAUGUGCUAGUGUGUAUUACAAAUAUGGAUGUGCCUUGCUAUGGAAAGCUCAGAAGGCAACUAAUCCUCUGGGAAACCUUCCCAAGAAGGGUACAAUCAGCAAAGCUCACAGUGAAGAAUGGGAAAACUCAAAUGGCGAAGAUCAGGAGGAUAGGAAGGGUGACAAUGAGAUGGCAGGCGCUGGAGAUGUUUCUGAUGUGGAUCUUGCUGGGAAAAUGCUAGAUACUGCAAGAAUAAUAAUGGAAAAGACCGCAGACAACACUGUGGAGAUAUCAAGAAUCCUUUCUGCUCUCACUGAAGUCUCCAUGGAGAAGAGAAAAAGAGGAAUUAAUUAGACAAGUCACUCAGUGAAAGUUUUAGGCAUCCUGGAGCAUUUACCUAACUGCAUUCUGUUUGCGGUAUGAAAUUGUCAAUCGUCUGUCAUGUAGCAGUACUAUCUGCAUCCUUCCGGAGGUGGGUCUCUGUGGUUUUACGGGUAGUAAAUUUUCAGUUAGAUACUUGCUGGUAUCUUGUAGAUUUGGUUGGUCUUCCUGUUGCUUAUCCCCCUUAAUUCAGUCCUAGGAGGACUCCCUGCACCUGGCUGCUUUGUCUUGGAGCUUCCUCCAUUAUGUAAACCGUGUAUACAGAACCAGAAAAGUGGCAAGGAGGCUCAGAAAUUCCACUUGAGAAGAUGAGAUAAAGAUCAUUACCGACAUCAUAUCCCACUUUUUGAUGUCGGAACAGAAGGAAGAUCAUUACUAGCUCAGAAGGUGGUGAUACUAUUCAUUAAAGCGGCGACGCCCGUGAGCGCCGCCCUUCCAUCCUGUCAAAUCGCGGCAUCAAUGCCGGUCGCUGCAUGCUCUGGCAUGGCAAGCGGUGUGGGCGUUCGAUGGAAAGCAAGGGAGAGGAAGGUGGUCUUUUUUUGGUGGGCCAAGGUGGUCAGACGUCGACGUGGCGGCGGUCUGGACGCUCGCAAAGCCCCCCUAGUUUGUCUUCAGUUUGCUGAAAAAGUAUGUCUUGACGCACAACAAGUCCCCGCGCUGUCCAGAUGCAUAUGCUAGUACGCAUAAUAACCUGUUUUUUUUGUUUUUGUAUGUCUUUUUUUUACUGGUAAAAAAAAUGACAUUGUCUGGCUGUUGCUUUUCUUUA